AUGGGCAAGAAGACAUCUCGCCCAUCUACUAAGAUGGGCUCGGCCGCAUCGCCUGCCGCCGGUCUCUCACAAGCAACCAGCAAGACCUCUGUGCUGCGGGCUGCGUUCUCUCCAUCCCAAUACCAAUUGGCGCUGUUUGCGUCCGUCAUCCAGGGUCUCGAUGCGCAGCACAUCCGCAUCCACGAUACCAACACCGGUCGUCUACAGUGCGAGCAUGCCUUGAACCCGAAGGAGACUGUCACCUCGCUGGACUGGGGAUACUACGGUGGCCAGGGCAAGAACCGCGAUCAGUCGAAGAAGAAGCGGAAACGCGGCUCCGACAUCAACGGGGUCGACGGCCUGGACCAGGGUGAUAUCGUCGUUGCGUUUGGCACCAGCUCGUCUGAUAUUCGCAUGUACUCGCCUGUGGAGGACAAGAUCGUUGCUACUCUCGCCGGUGCCCAUGACAAGGGGAUCAAGGAUUUCAAGUUCACGGCCGAUCGGCCGGGCCAGGAAGGCUGGAGUAUUGGCGGCGACAACAAGUUGGUCCAGUGGGAUUUGCGCACCGGGAAAAGCAUAAGAAUGAUCCAUCUCCCUUCAUCGGCGCCUUUGACUGCUCUCUCGCGCCCCGUUUCCUCGAACCCGCCCGUCAUCUGUGCCUCCCAGAAACCGUACCUAAUAGACGCCGAAAAGGCCGACGAGCCUCCCGUUGAGUUCGCCGCGAUGCCGAAUCAGAUCCAUUCGAUUAUCUCGUCAUCCACAGAGUCUGUGGGCGCAUUCCUUGCGUCGGACGGAGACCGGUACAUCAAUGUCUUCGAUGUUGCCAGCCGGAAGCUGGUGCGGAAUCUCGUCGCAGAGCAGGAUGUGUCGUCGGUUUCAUUAUAUCCCGAGGGCAAAGUCGCGCUGGAGAAACAGAUUCUCGCAGCUGUCACCGACGAUGGCACCAUAGAGCUCUUCACAAAACCGUUCGUUCAGCCCGCCGCGGCGGCCACCAGUCCCAAGGCUAGCCGGAAGCAGAUGACGCAAAGAUCAAACGCUUCUCUCAAGGUUACGCAUUCUGAGUCCUCCGACGCCUGCGUGCCCGUGGUCGCGGCCUCAUUCCAAGGCUCGGACAUCGUCGUGGCGUACACCGAGGGUGGCGUGAUUCCAGUGUUUGAGCGUAUCAAGUUCCUCAACGCUGAUACCGAAGAGUUGUUGUUUACUGGCGCAAAGAACGUGGUCAAGAGCAAGUCCAGCUCUGCUGUUGCAGCAGUGACCACGAAUGGAGUCAAGGGCGCGGGCGAGAGCCGGGUCGACGAGACCCGCACGGUUGUUGAAGCAGGAAAUCUUGUGGAUGAUGAUGUCGAGAUGCAAGAUUCCCGACAAGAUGUCGAGAUUGCCGACAGCGAGGAGGACUCGGACGAUGCUGACGAGGAUACCAAAGCAGUCGCUGUUGAGAAGAAGAUCAAGCCCGCGAAGAAGCCAGCCGGUGACGAGGAGGACGUCGAGAUGCAAAACGCUCCUGAAUCCGAGGAGGAAGAUGAUGAUGAAGAAGUGGGCGCAGAGCCAUCCUUCGGCGAGCUCCUGGGUGUCAACACAGGUCAGGAAGUCGACGUCGAAGCCGAGCUAGACGACGACCUCCGCCUCGGCGCAUUGGUGCCCGGAAAGCCCAAAGCUGCAGUGCAACAGAUCCCAUCCGGCAUCUCGCUGGCCACCGUGCUCACGCAGUCGCUGAAGACAAACGACAAUGGCAUGCUCGAAUCCUGCUUCCACACUGGGGACACCUCGAUCAUUCGGACGACGAUCCAACGUCUCGACUCCUCGCUUGCCGCGACGCUGCUCCAGAAGCUCGCGGAGCGUCUCUCCUCCCGCCCGGGCCGUUACGGCCACCUUCUCGUGUGGGUGCAGUGGACGUGCGUGGCGCACGGCGGCGCGCUGGCCGCACAUCCGGAUCUGCUGAAGCGCAUGGCGACGCUGUUCAAGGUGAUGGACCAGCGCUCAUCCAGUCUUCCGUCCCUGCUUCUCCUCAAGGGCAAGCUGGACAUGUUGGAUGCGCAGCUGGGCCUGCGGCAGUCGCUGCGCAGCGGCGCAGAGGGACUGGAUAGCGAGGAUGAGGACAACGUUAUCUACGUGGAGGGCCAGGAUGAUGAGGAGGACAGCGAGGUGGAGGCCAAGGUCCCGCGCACGAAGUCGAUCCGCGAUACGGCCUUCGACGAGGACGAGCCCAUGAUGAAUGGUGUUGCGGAUGAGUCUGAUGAUGACGAGGACGAGGGCAGCGAGGAGGAAGAUGAAGAUGAGGAAGACGGGCUCCUUGAUAUCGAGGCUGAAGAGUCUGCCGGCUCAUCUGAUGCUGAGGAAUCGCUCGAGGAGAAUGAAGAUGAUGAAGAUGAGGACGCCGAGAGCGCUAGCUCGAUGGUUGACUUCAUUGCCGACUCGGAGGAUGAGAUGUCGGAGGAUGAUGUUGCCGCUGCUGCCCCGCCGCCGCCGUCGAAGAAGCCCAAGACGUCUGCUGGGAAGAAGGGUAAGGCUGGUAGGAAGUAA